UAAUAGAAUAAUAUAAACUAGGUACUAUAUCAGGUUUAAUAGCGGUUAUUUUAUAGGAAAAGCAAGUACAGUUGCUUGUUUGCCUGUAGAGAGGCCUAUUCCUGCUUCAGCUUAAAAGAUAUUUAUAAUAAAAAAUAAUUAUAUAUACGAAUAGAAAAUUCAAAAGGCCCUGGAAAUAAUUAUUGCUGAGAGUCUCAAGACGUGUUAAUCCAUCUUGCUAACAAAUUUGAUUUGUUUACCAUUUAGUAUAAUAGAAAACAGCAUAAAUAUACUUUGUAUAUUAAAGAUUUGUUAAGUGUGUUUCCCAAUUUUAGCAGAAUUUAGUCCGUAUCUCAGAGAAAAUCCAUUAAAUUCAAGUAUUGCGCCUGUCAUAUAAAAGAAGGAAAGUUGCCAAACUUAGCGUCAACAGAGUGAUUGAGCACCCGAUCGUAAUCUUGAUGGAUAUAAUUUGACAAAGGUUAACACAUGACUUCCAUAUCAGAUUUUCCGUAUGGAUGAUUCCAUAACUCGAAUAUGAUAUAUCAACUAAAACUUUAUAAUUUUAAUUCGAUAGCAUCAAAUUAAUUUUCUUUUUUCCAUCAGAAUUUAGAUUAUGUUAAAAGAAGGUAUUAGACGUUAUCUAUGAUAAAAUUUCGAACUUUUAAGCGAAAUUUUUUUGUGAAAAUACAGAAUUUUGUCAGAAUAUCGAUAUUGAAACUCAGUUUUGAAACAAGUUAGGUAAUAAAUUUAGUACAGGUGAAUUACCCAUGACUACAUAAGUUUGUCACAAGUUAAAAAUAGCGCAAAAAAUGAUUUGAGAAAAUUCCCCAAGUGUAUUGUAUCUCUAACUAGAAUCCGUAAGUUUAUGAACAUCUCCACCUACCUAAUAACUUACUAAAAUAUAUAUAUAUAUUUUUUUUAUUUUGUAACUACAGCCUCGGUUUAGCAAGGAACAGGCGGAGUCACAAUUUCCGUUAUUGGGGUGCAAAACCGAUAAACAGUCUAGAGGCACCGACACUUGAACCUCAUUCCGCUCUGGUCCUCUGCCAAUGUUAUGUUUAUAAGUAACUGUUAAACGGCGAAAGAUUAUAUGAGAGCUUGGCUUGCACUUUUCCUGACAAAUAACUCAUUAAGUCGCUGCGUUACGAUCUAGAGAAGAUGUCAUCCAUAAGGGAACUUCGGUACGCUUUGCAACAGAAAAUCGAAGAAAUUCGACAGAGAGACACACUGAUAGACAAACUGGAAAUGGAAUUAGAAGCCAAAAACGAACUAAUUCAACAGUUGCAAAAUGAUCUCGAACUUUAUAAAACGGUUAUGAAACCACUAACCAAGCAAAUGGCAAUGAAUAUGCAUUUGUGGGUGGAUUCAUCGAUUAGAAAUGGUAAAGUCAAAUUGGAAGGACGAACCAAACGUUUAGCUAUAUCUGCAGAACCCAUUCAUGCCGAUUUACUAGAAAAAAAUCUUAGAAAAGUAUCUAAGAGUAAACGAUCUAAAGAAUUAAUUAAAAAGGCAAUUUUAGAAAAUGAUUUUAUGAAAAAUUUAGAAAUUGUACAGAUAAGAGAAAUCACAGAUUGUAUGUAUCCAGUAAUUUAUCCAAAAGACAGUCUCAUUAUCAAAGAAGGAGAUGUUGGUAGCAUUGUUUUUGUUCUAGAAGAAGGGAAAGUAGAAGUAACGAAAGGAGGAAGACUAUUAUGCCAUUUAGGUAUUGGUAAAGUUUUUGGAGAGUUAGCAAUACUGUAUAAUUGUACAAGAACUGCAACAGUUAAAGCUCUGACUGAUUGCACAUUAUGGGCAAUAGAGAGGCAAUGUUUUCAAACAAUUAUGAUGAGGACAGCUUUAAUGAGGCAAGCUGAGUAUACAGAUUUUCUUAAAAGUGUUCCAACAUUCAGAAAAUUAAAUGAAGAAACUCUAAUAAAAAUAGCUGAUGUACUAGAAGAGACUACAUACAAUCAAGGUGAUUAUAUAAUUAGACAAGGUGCAAGAGGAGAUACAUUUUUCAUUAUCAGUAAAGGGGAAGUUAGAGUAACAAUGAAAUUGCCAGAUAAUGAUGAAGAAAAAUUUAUUAGGAAACUUCAUAGAGGUGAUUUUUUUGGAGAAAAAGCUCUCCAAGGAGAAGAUGUAAGGACAGCAAACAUAAUUGCAAAUGAUCGUGAUGGUGUAACUUGUCUAGUCAUUGAUAGAGAGUCAUUUAAUCAAUUAAUAAGCAAUAUAGAUGAAAUCAAAACCAAACGUUAUGAUGAAGCUCCAGCAAGAAAAAGGAUAAAUGAACAAUUCUCUAAUAUAAAGUUAACUGAUUUAAGAGUAGUAUCAACACUUGGAGUUGGUGGAUUUGGAAGAGUUGAACUGGUUCAAAUUGCAAAUGAUCCCUCACGAUCUUUCGCCCUUAAAGUAAUGAGGAAAGCUCAAAUUGUAGAAACCAGGCAGCAGCAACAUAUUAUGUCUGAAAAGAAAAUAAUGGAAGAAACGAAUUGUGAUUUUAUUGUCAAGCUAUAUAAAACUUUCAAGGAUAGGAAGUUUCUUUAUAUGCUAAUGGAAGCGUGUCUUGGUGGCGAAUUAUGGACGAUACUUCGGGACAGGGGUAUUUUUGAUGAUAUGACAACAAGAUUCUAUACAGGUUGUGUAGUUGAAGCAUUUGAUUAUCUCCAUGAGCGCAACAUAAUUUAUAGGGAUCUGAAACCUGAAAACAUGCUUUUAGAUUGCAAAGGCUAUGUAAAAUUGGUAAAUAUUAAAUUAUUAAAAUAUUACUUUUUAAGAUUAAUAAAUAAAUUAUAUAGUGAAACUAAAAUAGAAAAGAAACAGCUUUAUCAUUUUUCCAUUUCACUAUUGAUUAUUGACAAUCCUACAGAGAGGUUAGGAUAUCAGAAAGGAGGGAUUAAAGAUAUUCAAAAACACAAGUGGUUUGAUGGUUUUAAUUGGGAAGGACUUCGUAACCGAACUCUCACUCCUCCAAUUCUUCCAUUAGUUCAAAAUGUGCUAGAUACCAGCAACUUCGAUCCAUAUCCACCAGAGACAGAAGGACCUCCACGAGAUGAUGAUACUGGAUGGGAUGUUGAAUUCUGAUAUUUAAA